AUGCAGUUCUCUUUCGCCACCGUCAUCUUUGGCCUUGCCGCCCUUGCCGCCGCCUCCCCUGCUGCCCCCGGAAGCGAGAUCUUUUCCCGCCAGAACAAGGCCACUGGCACCUGCUGCUUCGCCAACAAGAGUCUGAAGCAGGAACUCUGCACCAGCGCGACCGGCGAGGCAGGCAAGUGCGUGCCCGGAGGCAACGCCUGCGGCUCCUCCCUGAGCUGUGUUGCCGACUCCAAGCUCGCCUGUGACAACAGCAUCAAGGAGCGCGGCGGCGUUCUCUGCCGCGCCAUAGUUCCCGGUGGUUUCCAGGACGGUGCCAGGGUUGUCAAGAAACUGACGGACUCCAGAGUCAACUAA